AUGUUGUUGUCUAAGGUCGUUUUAUUUUCAUUAUUUUGUGGAGUUAAAACCGAACGAAAUUGUGCUCUAAACCAAAUUAUUCAUCGAGCUAUUGAAGAGUUUCAAUCAUCAACAGUUUACUUUGUUGAUUUCGAGGAUACAUUUCUAAGCUAUUAUUUCGAAAAACCAUUCGAUAUUCCUUUAAUUAUUUUAAAUACCAUUUCGUCAAAUAAAGAUUUGAAAAGUGUUGAAGAUAACAUUAUACUUGUUGUUCAAGUAUCAAGCAGUUUGCAAGUUUUUCAUCACUUGGUGAAUCAAAUGAAAGUUCGAAAGUUUGUCAUUGUUUAUGGAAAUAGUCUCGAAGAACUUCAAAAGUAUUUCGAUAUCCUUUGGAAAGAGUGUUUUACAAGAAUUUUCGGAAUUGCAGCUAACAUCACUUAUGCAUUCCAUCCAUUUGCAGAGAAUCCAAUUCAAGAAUUUGUAUUAUCAAAUGAAACUUUGUUACCCAAUUCCCUAAAAGACUUGAAUGGUUUUACUUUUCGAACAACUGUAAAAACGGACCUUCCCAGAGUUUUAUGGUAUAAGGACAAAAAUGGACAUCGCCAAAUUGGAGGUUUAUCAGGACAGAUUUUUCUGGGAUUUUUGAAACAAUACAAUGCAACUUUUGUCGAAACAGCAAUUGAACAUUUGGACACUGAGCCUUUUAUAGCAGUUGUUAAUGCAACUUUAAGCAAGAAAAUCGAUAUCAGUAUGAAUGCUUAUGAACGUGUUGAUGGAUUGGAACAAUCAUAUCCAAUAAAAUUAAUCAAAUGGAAUAUAUUGGUGCCAUUCAAUGGUUUAGUGAGUUCAAGUCAGUACUUUUUGAAACCAUUUCAACCAACUGUUUGGAUAUGCCUUGCAUUUAUGCUGAUUUAUUUGAUUGUCACUGAUAUGUUGAAGGAUUUUUUUGGCAAGGAACCUGUAGAUUUAUGGAAUUCUUUCAGUCGAAUUUUCUUGAUUUUCUUAAACAUGCCUCUGGAGAAGCCAAUAACUAAAUCAUAUUGGUUUUAUUUUCAAGUAAUGAUUUUAGGAUUUUUUUCUGUGAAUUUUUACCUCAUAUUUAUGACGUCAUUCUUGACAGUCUACAUCAAAGUUAAACAAUUCGAUUCAAUUCAAGAUCUCAUCGAAAACAAUGUGCCAGUAAUGAUGGUUAAAUAUGAUUUUCAUUAUUAUUUAGAUCGUUUAUAUCAUCCAGAUGGUUUUGAAAAAGUUAUAGUUUUCAUGGAUUAUAAAAGUUAUUCGAAAGAAUUGAGUUCAAUGAAAAAUACCAGCUUUGCUUAUGCGGAUGGAACAGAUAAAUUGGAAUUUCUAUUAAGUGGACAAAUAAAACCAAAUUUUCAUAUAAUUAAAGAUAAUUUGGAUCAAUAUUUUUUGGGAUUUCUUUUGGCAAAGCAUUCACCAUUUCAAGAAAUAUUAAGUGAUUUUGUAUUUCAAAUUUUUACUACAGGUUUAAUGGAUAAAUGGACAAGAAAUACAUAUUAUCAGGCUAAAAAUGAGGGACUCAUCAAUUCGGAUUUGGAACAUGUUUUGGAGGAGCAAGAAGCAAUGCCACUUGCAUUGUAUCAUUUUAAAUUUGCUUGGAUAUGUUUUGUUGUUGGAAUAUUAUUUGCUGUUGGAACAUUUGCUGGGGAAGUAUUGUAUUUUGUGAUUUCAAGAAAACAAUUGUUGAAGAAAAUGGAAAAUUAUGAAGGAAAUUACUUGUUUUAA